AUGGAAGAAUUGCCCAUCGGGGUGGAAAGGUUACCUAGGUCUCAUAAUGACAUCAACGUGCUAGACCAUUCUUUUAUAUUUACCAAGCUCGCUCAAGGCCGUGCACCUUCGGUGAAUUACUCAAUCAAUAGUCAUGAUUAUACAAUGGGAUACUAUCUUGCUAAUGCUCCACAAGGUAGAAAGAGAAGUCUUUUUGCUACAACUCAGGAGUCAACAAGGAAGGAUGUAGAGCGUGCAUUUGGAGUGCUUCAAGCACAAUUUGCAAUUGUUCGUGGGCUUGCACAUCUUUGGAGAAUAGAGACUCCUGAUUACAUUAUGAAGGCAUGCAUAAUAUUACAUGACAUGAUAAUUGAAGAUGAACGUGAUGCUAAUGGAGCAGAAGACUUUGAUUAUGAAAAAGUGCCUAAAAGCAUCCCUACAACAGUGUCCCACGAGCCUACAGAAGAAUUUAGUCAAUUUGCAGUGUUCAUUGCAGCCCAUGUAAAAAAUUAG